AUGUGUGUUUGGAGCAAAGUCCGGGAAAUUGGUGGGUUUUAUGGUCGAUGCGGGGGCAUUGAAAUAGACCCGUCGAAAGUUAAAGCCAUAUGCGAAUUGCGACCUCCUACUUCUAUCGAAGAGCAUUACCUAACUCAUUCCCUAGUUUUAGUGCCACCGACUCCUGGUAUUCCUUUGAUUCUCUACCUUACCAUCCAUAAGGAGUCAUUAGGGGCAGUGUUAGUUCAGAAAAGACCAUCAGAUGAGAAGGAAUGCACGAUAUAUUACCUCGCUAAAAAGUUCACCGACUCCAAGGCUCUACUUUGGGUAUUGCACAGGCUGCGGCAAUACACCCUUCAUCACCAGAUCCCGCUAGUCACCGAAUACAACCCCAUCAAAUACCCGCUGGAGAAGCCAGCGUUGAUUGGAAAACUCGCUAAGUGGCAAAUCUUCCUCUCCAAGUUUGAUAUACAAAGCAUGACUCAAAAGUCUGCGAAAGGUCAUGCUAUAGGCGACAUGUUGGCGGAGAACUCGAUGGGUCUAGAAAUUCCUCAUAUCGAUCCUCUUGAUGAUCGCGUCCUACUUAUAACCACUAAUAAGUGGACAAUGUACUUCGAUGGAGCUAUAAAUCUUUUAGGUUCGGGUACGGGAGCGGUGCUUAUCUCCCUAGAUGGCCAAGAUUAUCCGAUUGCUGCUAGGUUGAUAUUCCCAUGCACCAACAAUAUUGCUGAAUACGAAGCUUGUAUCCUUGGUUUGCAAACCGCUAUAGAUAUGGGGAUUCGAAGACUAUAG